ACUCUCAAAUAAGCAACCAACCAGGAACAUCCAAUUGAACAAGAUGAAAUCGUUUGUUGCCAUCAUUCCUAUUCUGGCCUUUGCUACCAUGGGCGUUGCUCAUGGCGGCAGUGACUACCAUGCCAUGAAGGAAUGGAUGAAGGGAAAGGCCAUGGCCUCUUGUAUGGGCGAGGAGAACGUCAAGUAUUGGGAGACCGAGAUGAAGAAGCACGAGGCUGAGUGCGCCGGGGAGGAGGCUCCCGAGCUCGAAUUGCCCUUCUUCAAGAGCCCCUACAGAGUGACUUCGGGUCUGAUCGGCAGCGCCUAUGCCAACAAUAAUGAAUUUGCCGAUGAGAUGAUCAAGAAGUUCAUGUUCAAAAAAAUGAUGAGGAGCAUGAUGAGACAUGGUAAAUUUGAUGAUGAGGAUAUGCCCUUCCUUAAGAAGAGCGGAGCUUAUCAUCGUUACCGCCGUCAAGCCGCUGAGGGCGAGACUGACUCUGAGAUCGAAACCAAGCCCGCCACGCCCAUUGAAACUAAGCCCGCCACUCCCCCUGCGGAUUCCGAGAGCACUGAAGUCGACUUGGACCUUGGUGACAAACUCUUGGAGAAACUCGAAUCUUACAAGGAGAAGAUGCAAGCCGAAAUUGGAAACAUGACCUGUGCUCUCCGCAAAUGCGGCAUUGUCAACGAAAACAACGAGAUCCAACUCGAAAACAUGAUUGCCCAUUUCGACAAGCUCCCCGUGCCAUUGAACCCCUGGUUGAAGGAGCAUCUGAUCGCCGACAAGCGCAAGUGCUACGCCUAUGCUCAAGCUCUUCCCGAGGAGAUCCUCAAUGACUGCGUGACCGGACCCCAAAUCACCAAGAUCAAGUUCUUCAAGAAGUGCUUGAAGAUGGCCAAGGCUCACACUUGCAUGAACUACGAUGUCCGUCAAAACUUGGAGGCCAACUUCGGAUCCGUGGAGGAGCUCGUCGAGAAGACCGGCAUGGAGGAGAA